ACAAUCGGAGAGGAGGACAAGUCGAAGGAAGCAAGGAGAAGGAAGGAGAGGUACACUUGCUUGCUUGCUUGCUUGUUGUUGCUCUGUCUGUUGUUUGCUUCCUCCAACCCCCUUUCCCCCACGCGCGGCGACUGUGCAGCCAGCCAGAAUAACGUGAGGCAUGGGCCAAGGGCUCGGGGUUUUGGAUUGCCUGGCCGGCGUGGUGGGGAAUGGCCAGACGGUGGAGGUUGGCAGCCGACGUUUUUCAAUCCGCAAGCGAUUGGCAACGGGGGGCUUCUCCAACGUGGACCUGGUCUGCGACGUGCAGACCAAGGACAUGUACGCCAUGAAGCGCAUGUUGUGCACGGAGAAGGCAGAGGUGCAGCGCGCCAAGGCGGAGGUUGAGUACUACCGCCUCUUUGAUCAUCCAAACAUCAUCCAAGUUGUGGAAAGCGGCGUCCUCUCUCUUCGCAGGAAUCAAGGCGCACCCAGCCAGGAAGUCGUCUGCGUGUUCCCGCUCUACGAGCGCGGUACCCUCUUGGAUUACGUUGCCCACGUGCACGAGCAAGGCGGAUAUCUUCCCGAACACGAACUCCUCACCCUCUUCAAGGGCAUUUGCCUUGCCCUCGAUCAAAUGCACACACGAGUGGAGCCACUGUGCCAUCGCGACAUUAAACCGGGCAAUGUCUUGCUUGCACGCGACGGCACGCCCGUGCUGAUGGACUUUGGAUCUGUGGAGAAAGGCGUCAUCGACGUUGCCUCCAGAAAAGAAGCCAUUGCACAGCAGGAUAUUGCGAGUGAACGCACAACGCUGCCUUUUCGGCCACCAGAACUUGUGGAUGUUCCGUCGCGCUGCACCCUGACCACCGCCAUUGACAUCUGGUCGCUGGGCUGCACCCUCUACUCUAUGGCCUAUCUUGACACCCCAUUCGAACACUUGAACGCGCAAGGUGCAAGUUUACCGUUGGCAAUUGCCCAAGGGAAAGUGUCGUUUCCAACUAAUGACCCGUACACGCAGCGUGUGCGGGACUUGAUUCUGUCCAUGAUUCAAGUGGACCCUUCACAGCGUCCCACCAUUGCACAGGUCUUGGAGCGAACGACAGAAGCGUUGCAGGCACUCUGAUUGCGUAAUUGUGUAGUUUCGUUCAUGACUUCAUAUAAAUUUCUCACUGUGCGUUUUGUUCGACACACCCAAAAAACCCAAAAAACAAG